GCUUUACACCUAGGACUUCUUGAAAUUCAAGGAUCAAUAAAAUAUAGUAAUCCUUUUAUAGCGGGGAAGGGUCUUCUAAGAACUCCCCAAUACAUUCAUUUUGCUUUUGUAUUCUAUUUCACAGUUUCAAUCUCUCUGUUUACCUGAGAUACCAAAAUGGCCUCUGCUCAAGCUUCUUCAUCAGAUCCGUCGAUUUUAUCUGGAGGAGAGAUGACGAGGCAACCCAGGAAACCCCCCAUUAAAUUUUUGGUACCUCUUAUGUACGCUCCAAUCCUUCCACUCAUUAAAAUAACUCUGAAGAAACGACCAGUUUUAAGAGAUCGUUUAUUCACAGCAGUUCUAGGCGGCGCUUUUCUCCAUGGAUUCUACUUGGUAACUAAUCUUUAUGAUUCUGAGAGCAAGUAAGCUUCUCGAGCUGCAGAAAUGUUCCAGGAGAGAUGGGCUACAUCAAAUUUCGAGAUUAUUCUUCCAUGAGAGUAUUUUUUAUUUUAUUUUUCAGUUAGUGUAAUUCUGUAGGUGUACUCUGGAAAUUCAAAAAACCAGUAGAAGUAUGUCGUUCAUGAUGAGGAAAGUUUGAUUGUUUGAGAUCUGGGACCACAGAAUAUUGAGUUGCAUCUAUUUGGCAAUUAUAUUUUGCUAUCAAGGUUUUUCCUGCAAAUUGAUCUUCUUUAUUUAGUUUAACAACAUACCGUAUUACCAUGUGGAGAGAAUAAAGAUGGUUUACUCAGAAAAUGGGAAUCUGUAGUUCUAGAGGUUCUCUACACCCAAUAAAAUAAGUUAUAGACAGGCGGUCUCACCUGAUCUGACAGUUUUCUCAAUUCAUAGAUGGGAUUGAUGCAUUUCAUAUUUUCUUACCUACAGAAUUGCGAGCUUCACUGGCUUAUUUAAA